UCUCAAACACUCCAUCCAGAAAAAUACGUACAUUUACAAAUAGCUAUGGUUUCUCCAAGGCUGAUUUCUCCUCUCUUCUUCUUUCUGAUCCUCAACCUAACCCUAAUAUCUCAUCACGGCACCAAUGCCCAGCAAAACUUCUUGAAAUUCUUCUGCGGUAACAGCACUGUCGACGAUGAUACCACCAAUAGUACCUUCAAAACCAACUUAAAAUCCCUUUUAUUUAACAUCUCUUCCGACACAAACAUCGACUAUGGCUUCUACAACUUUUCCUCCGGCCCAAACUCCGACAAAGUCAACGUUAUUGGUCUAUGCCGAGGAGAUGUUAAGGUACAAGAUUGUCGCAGUUGUCUCACAGAUUCAAGAGUUGUUCUUCUCCAAGUUUGUGCCCCUAAUGUUAGAGAAGCAAUCGGGUGGUACGAUAACUGCUUUCUCCGAUACUCCAACCGAACCAUAUUCGGCGUCAUGCAAACACAGCCAUAUUUCUAUCUGUGGAACACACAGGACGCGUUGCAGAAGGACCAGUUCAAGUUUGUGGUGACAGCAUUGAUGAAGUUCUUGAGAGAGAAAGCUGCUUCCGGCGACUCUGUCCGGAAAUUUGCGGCGGCGAACGCGACGGGACCGAGCAAUCAAACGAUAUACGGUCUUGCACAGUGCACACCGGACUUCUCGAGCAAGGAUUGCAAUAAUUGCUUGAAUGGGGCAAUCUCUGAAAUCCCGCAAUGUUGCGAUGGAAUGAAAGGUGGAAGAGUGGUAAGACCCAGCUGCAACAUUAGAUAUGAAACCUACAGUUUCUUCGAUCCUGCUGCUUCACAAUCUUUCACAUCACCGCCGUUGCCACAGUCUCCUCCGGCAGUUCUUGAUUACGUACCGAAACAAGGAAAGUGCAACUCACCCCGAGCUAUAAUUGCCGUGGGAGUGCCAAUUAUUGUGUUGUUGGCAGUGCUCAUCUUUGUGGGCCUACUUAAAGCCAGGAGAGCCAAAAAUAUCGCAACUAAUAGGUCAACAAAUAUUUCAUGUUCUGAGUUAAAGAAUGAAGUGCAGAAAGUGAAAGUGCAACAAGAACAGAGUAAAUUACAACAGCAACAGAUGAAUGUAGCUUUGGCAUUCCUACUUCAACACUUUGAGGGUCAGCUGCCAUCUGAGCUUGUUACCACGGGCGCUAUUGCCCAAUCAAACUUCUUAAAACUCAACUGUAUUGGGACUACUGAUGAUAGCAACAGUACCUUUCAGACUAAUCUCAAAAACCUUUUGAUGUAUAUCUCCAACACGCAAAUCGACUAUGGCUUCUACAACUUCUCUUCCGGCAGUAAAUCUGACAGGGUUAACGCCAUCGCACUCUGCCGAGGAGAUGUUAAGGAACCAGAUUGUCGCAGUUGUCUCACAGAUUCAAGGGUUGUCCUUCUCCAGGUGUGCCCUAACGUGAAGGAGGCGAUCGGCUGGUACGAUAACUGCUUCCUGCGAUACUCCAACCGAACCAUAUUCGGUCUCAUGGAAACAUCGCCAUAUUUCUACUGGUCGGACACACAUGAUGUGUUGGAGAAAGACCAGUUCAAGAGCGUGGUGACGAAGAUGAUGAAUCUUUUAAGAGACAAGGCUUCUUCAGGCAACUCUAUUCGGAAGUUUGCGGUGGCGAAUGCGACAGGUCCGAGCAAUCAGACGAUAUAUGGUCUAGUACAGUGCACGCCAGACUUGUCACAGAACGCUUGCAGAGCUUGCUUGAAUGUAACAAUCUCGGAAAUUCCGAAAUGUUGCAAUGGAAUGAAAGGUGGCGGAGUGCUGCAACCAAGUUGCAGCAUUAUAUAUGAGACUUACCUCUUCUUUGAUCUUGCGGCUGCACAACCAUUCAUAUCAUUACAGUCGUCGCCGUCUCCUCUUCUGCCAUUGCUCCUCCAACGGCACCCAAGAAAGGUAUCAAUAUUUGCAUGCAGAAAGAGAAACACGACAGGAAUUGUUGUUGCCAUAGUUGUGUCAACUGUUGCGUUCAUCGCACUGGUCAUCUUCAUCGUUAUCAUUAAAGCCAGGAGGUUAAAGAACACUAUCCGAACCGGAGAAGAUGAAGAUGAAAUCAUGACCGUUGAUUUUUCUGAUGCAAAUAAGCUUGGACAGGGUGGAUUCGGACCUGUUUACUUGGGCAGGUUAUAUAAUGGACAAGAGAUCGCUGUAAAAAGGUUGAGUAGAGAUUCUGGGCAAGGUGAAAUGGAGUUUAAGAAUGAAGUGUUGCUGGUGGCCAAGCUACAGCAUCGGAAUUUAGUGAGGUUACUUGGUUUUUGUCUCAAAAAAAAAGAAAAGCUCCUUAUUUACGAGUUUGUUGCCAACAAAAGCCUUGACUGCUUCAUCUUUGAUUCCGUCAAAAGGGUGAAAUUGAAUUGGGAAAAGCGCUACAAAAUCAUAGAAGGCAUUGCCAAAGGCCUUGUAUACCUUCAUCAUGAUUCUCGAAUAAGAAUUGUUCAUCGUGAUCUCAAAGCAAGCAACGUGCUCUUAGAUAAAGAGAUGAAUGCUAAAAUAUCAGACUUUGGUAUGGCAAGAUUAUUUGCGGUAGAUCAAACUCAAGCCAAGACAAGUACAGUUGUUGGGACCUAUGGAUACAUGGCACCAGAAUACGUGAUGAAUGGAAUGUUUUCAACUAAAUCAGACGUCUUCAGUUUUGGAGUAUUGGUUUUAAAAAUUAUAAGUGGCCAGAAAAACUGUCGAUUUCAGAAUGGAGAAAAUGAGGAGCACGUAGUAAGCACGGUUUGGAAAAACUGGACAAAAGGGACAUUGGCAAAUAUUGUGGAUCCAACGUUGAUGGAGGAUGCUGGGUCAAGAAGUGAAAUAAUGAGAUGCAUCCACAUAGGGUUACUGUGUGUUCAAGAAAAUGCAGAACACAGGCCAACAAUGGCUUCCAUUGUUCCAAUGCUGAGUACUCAUUCCAUCACUCUUCCUGUUCCUUCAGAACCUUCAUUUUAUAUCUGGAGAAGUUUACCAGGAAUCAAAUCAGCCGGAUCAGUAAAUCAGCUUUCAGUUUCAGAGCAAUAUCCUCGGUAG